AUGAGCCCAGCUGGUUCAGAGCUGGAUCUGAGCUCCCAGGAGCUUGGUGCUCAGUGGUCUCAGCUUCAUCUCUCUGCUGUGAAACUGGCAGAGUUGCACAGUGAUCUAAAAAUACAAGAGAAGGAUGAGCUAAGCUGGAAAAAACUGAAGGCUGAAGGGCUAGAUGAAGAUGGAGAGAAAGAAGCCAAACUUAGACGCAACUUAAAUGUCAUUAUGACUAAAUAUGGAAUGAAUGGGAAGAAGGACUCUCAACUAGCUGAUACCAACUACAUUAAAGAUGGUACAGAAAGUGAUACACUAGAUGAUCCAAGACUGGAAAAAUUAUGGAGCAAGGCCAAGACCUCUGGGAAGUUCUCUGAUGAGGAGUUGGAUAAGCUUUGGCGAGAAUUUAAGCAUCACAAAGAAAAGAUUCAUGAAUACAAUAUUCUGCUGGAGACCGUGAGCAGAACAGAAGAUAUCCACAAAAAUGUUAUCAACCCAUCUGAAGAGAACCUGGUAAAAGAGGAAAUCUUGCACAACAAACACAGAGAACUCAAAGACAAGCUAAGAAGCAUCAAUCAGGGGUUUGAGCGUUUGCGUAAAGUCAGUCACCAGGGAUAUGACACAACCAGUGAAUUUGAAGAACCAAGAGUGAUUGAUUUGUGGGACAUGGCCAAAUCAGCCAAUUUCACUGAGAAAGAGCUUGAAUCUUUUCGGGAGGAGCUGAAACACUUUGAAGCAAAAAUUGAAAAACACCAUCACUAUCAGAAACAAUUAGAGAUUUCACACCAGAAACUGAAGCAUAUAGAGGGAACUGGAGAUAAGGAUCAUCUGAACAGAAACAAAGAGAAAUAUGCCAUGCUGGAAGAAAAGACAAAAGAACUAGGAUAUAAGGUAAAGAAGCACUUGCAAGACUUAUCCAGCAGAAUCUCUCAAGGUCUUCAACAUAAUGAAUUAUAAAAAUUUGUACUCCUUCAUGGGAUCAAUCUAUUAACACAAAACAGAUAACGUGGGUUUUGAACAGGAUUUACCAAGGAUUCCUUCUGAAAUAGUAAGGAUUGAACAGAGUUGUCCUGUAAGAAAUUUUUUUUUGGUCCACUUAAUUUGCCAAUUUUGUAUUUGCACU